AUGUACUUUACCAUAGCCUUUGUUAUUGUUGGGAACCAUUACAAGCUAAAGUUCAGAGUAUCUAAGAAUAGCACCGCUGAUGUCACAUGCAGGAAAGAGCAUGGAGGAGCCACAGAGCUCAUCGAGUGGGGCGACACUGAUAACGAACAGAAGAUGUCUCCCACGGGGGCCAGUCCACGGAUCCUCAACCCCCUGCGUUUGUUUGCCAGAGGGUCCCCUGGGUUCAAGAGCAACAUGAGGGAAAUUACAUAUUUACAGAACAUGGAGGACUUCUGGAACUGGUUAUCUAACCAGACAGAUGCUCAGGGUGCACAGGCCAGAACUAAACGCAGGCCCAUCGUCAAGACUGGCAAGUUCAAAAAGAUGUUUGGUUGGGGGGACUUCCACUCCAACAUCAAGACCGUUAAACUUAACCUGCUGAUCACGGGGAAGAUCGUGGACCAUGGGAACGGCACUUUUAGUGUUUACUUCCGCCACAACUCCACGGGCCUGGGGAACGUGUCCGUCAGCCUGGUGCCUCCCUCCAGGGUGGUGGAGUUUGAGAUUGCCCAGCAGUCGACGCUGGAGACCAAAGACACCAAAUCGUUCAACUGUCGCAUCGAGUACGAGAAGACGGACCGCAACAAGAAGACUGCCCUGUGCGGCUUUGACCCGUCCAAGGUGUGCUACCAGGAGCAGACGCAGAGCCAUGUGUCCUGGCUGUGCUCAAAACCCUUCAAAGUCAUAUGCAUCUAUAUAGCCUUUUACAGUGUAGACUAUAAACUGGUGCAGAAGGUAUGCCCUGACUAUAACUAUCAUAGUGACACACCCUACUCCUCCACAGGAUGA